GUGCUGACGUCACGAACGGAAGGUCAGGGCGCCUCGGAAAGGAAGUGAGAGUGCGAGGCCUCGUCCGCCAUUGUGGAGAAAAGAGCCCGUCCAGAGCGAGAGUGAAAACCGGGGGACGAGGAGAGCAAUAGCGAGGAGGCCGCCGCGGCCCCCCACCGGAUCUAUAACGCCAUCUCUGUACUAAAACACUCACGGCGCUCGUAUAUAUAGGAACAUACACACCGUGCCACUUAAAUCGUGUAGGUGUAAAGCGAACACUAUAUAUCUAUUAUCUAAAUACAUUUUCCGUAGAAUUGAAGGCAGUAUAUAGAUAUUCAGUGCGUCACACGUUGUUAUAGUGAAUAUGCACUGACGCCCUUAUACCGAAUGUGUAUGUAGUCCUUAUAACGUUAUUAGGCCAACUGUAUAUAUUGUCCUUACAGCCCUAGGAGGGAUAUCCGGCCGCAGCACCUCCGGUCUGUAAGCGCGGAUACAGCAGUACUGCUCGAUCGGCUUGUAUAAAGGGCCCACGGGUACCCGGAAUACUCCAAAGGCGGACUUUUUUUUCUGGGCCUCAGGCUUUUUUUUAUAUUCUGAUCUAGCCAGGUGGUAUUCUGAGCGACCAAAGGAGGCAUCUUCACCAUCUCUGGCUCCACAGGAGAAUGUCUGCGACCAGCGUGGAUCAGUGAUCUUUUUCUUUCUUUUUCCACGUUGUUGCAGAGACCUAAAGGACAGGGAAAUAAAGUUGCAGUACAGAACGGUUCGAUGCAUCAAAAGGAUGCAGUAAAUGAUGACGAUUUUGAGCCAUAUCUAAGCAGCCAGACUAAUCAGAGUAAUAGCUAUCCACCAAUGUCAGACCCGUACAUGCCUAGUUAUUAUGCUCCAUCCAUUGGAUUUCCUUACUCCCUUGGUGAAGCAGCGUGGUCCACUGCAGGUGAUCCACCAAUGCCAUAUUUGACAACAUAUGGACAGAUGAGUAAUGGGGAACAUCAUUACAUCCCGGAUGGAGUAUUCGGUCAGCCUGGAGCUUUGGGGAACACGCCCCCCUUCUUAAGCCAGCAUGGGUUUAACUUUUUUCCUGGCAAUGCAGAUUUCUCCACAUGGGGGACAAGUGGAUCUCAGGGACAAUCAACACAAAGUUCUGCAUAUAGCAGUAGCUACGGUUACCCACAUAGUUCCCUUGGUAGAGCCAUAGCUGAUGGGCAAGCUGGCUUUGGCAAUGACACUUUAAGCAAAGUUCCGGGUAUUAACAGCCUUGAGCAAGGAAUGACGGGGCUGAAAAUUGGCGGGGACAUGACAGCUGCUGUAACUAAAACUGUAGGGUCAGCUUUGACUAGUGCUGGUAUGACAAGCAUAGCAGCAAACAGUGUUCCCCCGGUUAGUAGUUCAGCACCUAAGCCAACCUCAUGGGCUGCCAUUGCUCGAAAGCCUGCAAAGCCUCAACCUAAGCUUAAACCUAAGGGUAAUGUGGGCAUCGGUAGUACUGCUGUACCUCCUCCACCUAUAAAACACAACAUCAAUAUUGGAACUUGGGAUGAUAAAGGGGCUAUGGUAAAGUCCCCUCCCACUCAACCAGUUCUGCCUCCUCAGCCUGUACUACAGCAUCCUCAGCCAUUAACUCAGCCUCUACCCAUGGUGCAAAACCAACUGCCUCAACAGCAGCUUCAGCAACCGCAGCAGCCACAGGGACCUCAUCAACAGGUCCAGCAACAUCAGGUGCAGCAGCAGCUUCAAAAUCGCUGGGUAGCACCGAGAAACAGGGCAAUGGGCUUCAAUCAGAACAAUAUAUCAGGCAACGAUAACUUUGGUUUAGGUGUUGUGCCUAUUAGCUCCUCACCUUCUGGUGUUGAGGUACACCCAGUACUGGAGAAACUGAAGGCCAUAAAUAACUACAAUCCCAAAGACUUUGACUGGAGUCUGAAAAAUGGACGUGUGUUUAUAAUCAAAAGCUACUCGGAGGACGAUAUUCACCGUUCUAUUAAGUACUCUAUCUGGUGCAGUACUGAACAUGGCAAUAAGCGUUUGGAUGCUGCUUAUCGAUCUUUAAAUGCAAAGGGCCCACUAUAUUUACUCUUUAGUGUAAAUGGAAGUGGACAUUUCUGUGGCGUAGCUGAGAUGAAGUCUGUUGUAGACUAUAACGCUUAUGCUGGAGUGUGGUCCCAAGACAAGUGGAAGGGAAAGUUUGAUGUUAAAUGGGUCUUUGUUAAGGACGUUCCCAAUAACCAGCUGCGACACAUUCGCUUAGAAAACAAUGAUAAUAAGCCUGUUACCAAUUCAAGGGACACUCAAGAAGUACCCCUAGAAAAAGCCAAGCAAGUUCUAAAAAUAAUUGCUACUUUCAAGCCUACAACCUCUAUUUUUGAUGACUUUGCACAUUAUGAAAAGCGUCAAGAAGAGGAGGAAGCCAUGCGUAGGGAGAGAAAUAGAAACAAACAAUAACUGUAUGGAGGUGUCCUGCCAUAAUCACAACACUAAUAAUGAUGCAGACUCUGGAAUUGCCUACUUUGUUGAUGACAUAAUUGAUGCUUUUUAUUUCUGCUUAAGGUGACAUCUUUGAACACUUUAACACAAAUUGACUUUUUCUUAUUGUUUUCAUCAAUACAUCAGCCCCCCCCCUUUUUUUUUUCCUUCUUCACCAAACACAAUUGAGAACUUUACCUUCGUCAAGCACUUUCUGUCCUGAAGCUUUUACUGGUAUCUGCUGUCUUGUAAUCAUGCAUCCUAGCAAAGACGCGGGAGACCCACUGAAUGCAAGGAUUCUUUAGCUCUGAAUUUUGUUAUACUAACAACCAUUAGAAAUGUGGCUAGAUGAUGUGAGAUUCACUGUUUGUAUCCAUUUUCUUUAUAUUGUGUCCAUUUGAUCAGCUGUUGAUGAAAGUAAAAAUGCGACAUGUUCAACCGGUAAAUUUCAACUGUCUAUCAAAUAUCGCUGUAGUAAGAUCAAAGCUGAGGUUUAAAAUGCAGUUUAGCUAAAUUAAGCUGAUGUCUACAAGCCUGUAGAGACAUUUGUUCCAACUGUUUGGUGUAAGAAAAUAUUAAAAUGCAGCUUUGUGGCCACCAAGUUUUAAUGCACAUUUAUUAUAUUUCUGUAAUCAUAUUUAAUCAUUUUGCUGUCAAAAAAUAGCUUUCCUGGAUUUUGGCAACAGAAGGGGGACAGACAAGAAUUAUUGUUUAGUUCCACACAGUGUCACAAAUGUCAGUGUUGAGUAAACAAUUAGUCCAAAUGACAUAUUUAUGUUAAGUGCAUAAAAUUGCGUUGCUUGGAUGUUUGAGAAGUUAACACGUAGAAUUUUUACAUUAGUAUCAAGAAUAUAACCCACGUGUAUAUGGCACUUUUUUCUUUUCUUCUUUUGACUCUUCCUAUUGAAAAGCUCCAAUAACAAUGGACAGAAUCACGUUCUCAGCCCAGUUACUUGUUUGAUUAAUUUUUAAGUGCCUGUUUCCUUUUAUAUUUUUAGUUUGUAGAAGUUAUUUGAAUUCUUUUUAAUGUAUUGCGGAGAAAUGUAUUAAUGUAAAGUAUAUUAGCCUCACUAAAAUGGCAGUAAUUUGUGCAUUUUCUCAAAGCUGCUUUCUAGCUUAGCCAAUUGUAGUGCAAAAAAAUUGAGUCUUCAUGCAGUAGAAUUGUUAUUGAAUAAGCGUGUAUGGUCAUAAAUCCUAAAGAUUGUGUUAUUUUACUGUCACUUCAACCGUAUACUGAUUUCUGAAUACAAAUUGAACAUAUCUGUAUCCAAACUUCUUAAACCCUGACAUUGAAAAGUUUUCUUUACGGUAGUUUAUGGAAAUAUAUAUGUCCCCUAUUAAAGUAGGAACCCGG